AGAGCGUUACCGGGUAACGGCAACAUGGCGUCCCCCGCCACAGCGGGCGCAGGGGAGCAAGGAGGGGACGUGGAGGAUGGCGGCAGCGGGCUGGGGAGAAGACGUCCACCUCCCGUCUCCUCUCUGUCCGCCUUCAGCUACAUCCCACCCCGGCGCGAAGGCCCCGCGGAGCUCAGCUACUUUCAUCGGGUGGCCCAGACAGGAGGGGUUUCCACUUACGAUUCCAUUUUUAAAAGACCAGAGGGUUACAACGAAAAACUUCACCGAUGUGACAGAGAGCAUGCAAGGAGUCGUGGUCUUAACGUGAAUGAUGAGGAAAUGGCAAGACCUGUCGCUGUUUUGUCAUCUUCAGAGUAUGGGAGACGCACAGACAAGCACACAGAGCAGCAGAUCCGAAGUCAUGCAAGGAUUAAUUGUGUGCAGGCAGAAUUCUACAGGAAAAAUGGCAUCACCUGCCUAUUGGAAAAACCUUCUCCAAGACUGGAUCCGUGCUAAAAUCUCUUACAGCUGACAUUGCCAGCAGUAUUUGUGUGCACAGAAACAUGUCAAAAUGCAAAAUAGUGCUUCUGCCUUUUCCUUUGCAUUUUCAUUAAUGAAAAUGAUUUAUAUGAAAUAA